GAGGAGAUGGAGGAAAGAGUCCAGAGUCUGCAGGAACACAGAAGGAAAGUAGAAGAUGAAGCAGCUGGUGAUAUCACGAGAGUCACACUGCCCUGUUUAGAGAUCUCAGGAGACGUCUGGAAGACCUGGAGAAGAGAGUCCUGAGGGAAAUCUCCGGGAGGGCAGAGCGGAUCUCCAUCUCCAUCCAGGAUCUGGAAAUAAAGAAGGAGGAGCUGUCCAGGAAGAUGCGUGACAUUGAGGAGCUGUGUAACAUGACGGAUCCACUGACUGUCCUACAGGAAUCAGACACAGGUGACUUGUGUGAUACUGAGGAUGGAGAUAAUGAGGACAGAGAGAGACAUGAGGGACUCCUCCAUGAUGGAGGGAGGCUGGAUGUGGCUGGGAUAUCACACACAUUACACACAUUAUCUGAUAUAAUAACAGAGGGAAAUGUAUCCUUCUAUAUACUGGGAGCUGAGGACAUAUUAUUGGAUGGAAACACAGCUGGUAAUAUUCUACAUAUAUCAGUUGACGGGAAAACUGCGUUCUGGUCAGAUAGAAACCAGAAUCGCCCAGAAACUCCAGAGAGACUUACAGAUCAUCUUCAGGUAUUGAGCAGGCAACGUUUCUCAUCAGGUCAACACUACUGGGAAGUGAAUGUGGAGGGAUCAGAUUGGUGGAGAGUUGGAAUGUGUUACCCCAGUAUGGACAGGAUGGUUUUGCAGGCAGGAAUAGGAAGGAAUGACAAGUCCUGGGGUUUGCUGAGG